UAGUCCACGCCCGGCUUCGAAGCAGCUGGCAAGCAGUCGUGCCCUGAUCUCUGUUUCGCGUGGGCUUUUGGUGGGACUCGGAUUCUGACCCGUGGGCGGGAGAGUAACCCAGAAAUACCUCAGGGGCCUUACAUGAAAGUCAAAAGAUGGAAGUAUUUCAGGCCCUGCAGCGGCUGCACAUGACCAUCUUCUCCCAGAGUGUCUCACCUUGUGGGAAGUUCUUGGCGGCUGGCAACAAUUAUGGGCAGAUAGCCAUCUUUAGCUUGUCUGCUGCUCUGAGCUCCGAGGCCAAAGAGGAAAGUAAGAAGCCCAUUGUGACUUUCCAAGCCCACGAUGGGCCUGUCUACAGCAUGGUGUCCACUGAUCGACAUCUGCUUAGUGCCGGGGAUGGGGAGGUGAAGGCCUGGCUUUGGGCGGAGAUCCUCAAGAAGGGCUGUAAGGAGCUGUGGCGUCGUCAGCCCCCAUACAGGACCAGCCUAGAAGUCCCUGAGAUCAAUGCUUUACUUCUCGUCCCCAAGGAGAAUUCCCUCAUCCUGGCGGGUGGAGACUGUGAGCUGCACACGAUGGACCUUGAGACAGGGGCCUUCACCCGGGCCCUCCGGGGCCACACGGACUACAUCCACUGCCUGGCGCUGCGGGAGAGGAGCCCCGAGGUGCUCUCUGGUGGCGAGGAUGGGGCCGUGCGGCUCUGGGACCUCCGCACGGCCAGGGAGGUCCAGACGAUCGAAGUCUACAAGCAUGAGGAGUGCUCGAGGCCCCACAAUGGGCGCUGGAUCGGAUGUUUGGCAACUGACUCAGACUGGAUGGUCUGUGGAGGUGGCCCGGCACUCACCCUCUGGCACCUUCGAUCUUCCACACCCACCACCAUCUUCCCCAUGCGGGCACCGCAGAAGCACGUUACCUUCUACCAGGACCUGAUUCUGUCAGCUGGCCAGGGUCGCUGCGUCAACCAGUGGCAGCUGAGCGGGGAGCUCAAAGCUCAGGUGCCUGGCUCCUCCCCUGGGCUGCUGAGCCUCAGCCUCAACCAGCAACCAGCAGCCCCUGAGUGCAAGGUUCUGACAGCUGCAGGCAACAGCUGCAGGGUGGACGUCUUCACCAAUCUGGGCUACCGAGCUUUCUCCCUGUCCUUCUGAGCUGCAGCAGCGCCUCCACAUCCAUCUCCGGAGUCUGGAGUGUUUCUUCUUUUUUUUAUACAAAUAAAGUUUUAGGCUUUUUU